AUGGACGCAAAGGUUUACUUACAGUCGUAUGGGUGGCAAGAAGGAGAAGCUCUUCAGAAUGGCGGGUUGAAGAAGCCUAUUCUUGUCCAGCAUAAGAAAGACACCAAAGGGUUAGGGCACCAGACUAAAGAUGCAUCUGUUUGGUGGGAACAGCUUUUCGAUGGGACACUUAAGAAUAUGGAGGUUACUAAGGAUAAUGGGGGAGGAAUCAGUUUACUGACGAACUUUGAAUCUGUCGAUACGCAUAUGAGGAAGCUGCUAUCACCGUUAUAUCGUAUGUUUGUUCAGGGAGAAGGGUUAGCAGGAAGUGUUGGGAAGACCAGUGUUAAUGAGAAACAAAGGUUUGAUGCCAAGGGAGCGAUGAAGGUUGUUGAUGAGCUUUUUCAGGUGAAGAAGAAGGAUACCACGAAGAAAGAAAAAAGGACUAAAGAGAAGACGAAAGAAAAGGAAAAGAAAGAGAAGAAAGAGAAGAAAGAGAAGAAAGAGAAGAAAGAGAAGAAAGAGAAGAAAGAGAAGAAGCUGAAACAAGUGUCUUCGAAAUCCAAACAUGAAUUAAACAGAAACGACAAACCUCAUAAACACUCAGAUUCUAAGAAGAGGAAACGAUCCGAAGAGUCUAAACUGUCAAAGAAACAGAAAGCUACUUGA